UAAACAGCCAGUGGGGGGAAGCAGAGAUGAUAACAGCAACACAAACCCAAAAGUGAAAGAAAGAACGAAAGAUAAAUCUAUAUCAAUUCUAGAGAGAGAAACCCUUUUAAUAUCUUAACCUGAAUUUUGAUUACUCACUUUCUCUCUCUAGAAACCCCUCACCCAAAAAGAUCUUGCUUUUAUCGAUUUUUCCAGAAACCCCCCUGUUGUUACCCAAAAAUAUCGCUGUUAUCGUUUUUUUCAGAUUUCAGCUUAAUUAUAUUGGAGUUCAGGGCAUAUUGGUGUUUGUGUUUCAGCAAAUUGAGCUUGAAACUUGCAAUGCUGUAAUUGGUAAAGUAUAUGAGAGCUGAAGGUGAUAUCAGUCAAGAAAAAUCAAUUCUUUAAUCUUGGCAGAAUUCCAAACAUUUCAAUUCUAGUUGAUUUAGUUGACGAUGAGCAUCAAAAUAGUCAAAUAUGAUUUGAAGAGAAAGAUGGGUGAAAUCUAGGUUAUUCCAAGAACUUUGGAAAGGAAGAAGAGAGAGUCGAAGAGAAUUCAAUGGAAGAUUUGUCCAAGUACGUUCAUAGUCCAGCUCAUUUGGCUGUGGCUAAGCGAGACUAUGCCACUUUGAAAAGGAUAGUUGCUGGCCUUCCUCAAUUGGCCAAGGCUGGUGAAGUGAACACUGAGACGGAGUCUCUGACUGCUGAGAUUGAUGCAGAUGCUGUUUCUGCAGUAAUUGAUAGGCGGGAUGUUCCUGGCCGUGAAACCCCAUUGCACCUUGCUGUUCGGAUAAGGGAUCCUAUCUCGGCUGAGAUUUUAAUGGCUGCAGGAGCCGAUUGGAGUCUUCAAAAUGAGAACGGUUGGAGUGCUCUCCAGGAAGCCGUGUGUACAAAGGAGGAAAAUAUUGCUAUGAUUAUUGCUAGGCAUUAUCAGCCUCUUGCCUGGGCCAAGUGGUGCCGCAGACUUCCUAGGAUUGUUGCCUCAGCUGCUCGAAUUCGUGAUUUCUACAUGGAGAUAACCUUUCACUUUGAGAGCUCGGUAAUACCAUUCAUUGGACGGAUUGCCCCGUCAGACACUUACCGGAUUUGGAAACGGGGUUCUAAUCUUCGUGCGGAUAUGACUCUUGCAGGAUUCGAUGGGUUCCGCAUUCAACGUUCAGAUCAAACUUUCCUCUUUCUUGGAGAAGGGUAUUCAUCCGAAGAUGGGAACGUAUCUUUGACUCCUGGUUCUUUGAUUGUGCUUGCUCAUAAGGAGAAAGAAAUUACAAAUGCAUUAGAGGGAGCUGGUGUUCAACCAUCAGAAGCUGAAGUUGCCCGUGAAGUGGCUUUGAUGUCUCAAACAAAUAUGUAUAGGCCAGGAAUAGAUGUUACUCAGGCGGAGCUUGUUCCCCACAUAAACUGGAGGAGACAGGAGAGGUCUGAGAUGGUUGGUGCAUGGAAGGCAAAGGUUUAUGAUAUGCUUCAUGUUAUGGUUAGUGUAAAAUCAAGGCGUGUUCCUGGUGCUAUAACCGAUGAGGAGCUCUUUACUGUGAAUGAUGAUGACAAAAUAGUGAAUGGGGGCGAGCGUGAUGAUUAUGAUGAUGUAUUAACAGCUGAAGAACGACUGCAGUUAGAUUCUGCUCUUCGGAUGGGCAAUGCAGAUGGACCUGGUGAGGAUGAGGAUUUCCAUGGAAACUCUGAUGGAGGUUCAUUUCAGAGCUGUGAAUCCAAUGGUGUUAUGAAGGAGAAGAAGAGUUGGUUUGGUUGGAGCAAGAAAGGCUCCAAAGAUACUAGUGAUGAUUCAGGGGAUUCAAAGCUUGUAAAGAAGUUUUCAAAGUUGGCUCCAGAGGAUAGCAAGCAGAGACCAAAUGAUAGCCACGGAUCAUCAUCCGAAAUUCCUCGGGAGGAUACAGGGGAUGUCAAAAGGAGCAAAGAUAAGAGCAGCAAGAAGAAAAAGAAGAAAGGAACCGUGGGCGAGUCAAAGACCGAAAGCGAGUAUAAAAAAGGAUUAAGGCCUGUUUUGUGGUUGACGCCGGACUUCCCCCUCAAAACAGAGGAACUCUUGCCAUUGCUUGACAUUCUAGCCAACAAGGUUAAAGCUAUCAGAAGACUAAGGGAGCUUCUAACUACUAAGCUACCUCCUGGCACAUUUCCUGUCAAGGUAGCUAUCCCUAUUGUUCCAACCAUUCGAGUUCUUGUUACAUUUACAAAGUUCGAAGAGCUUGAACCAGUGGACGAAUUCUCAACCCCUCUUUCAAGCCCUACCAAUUUCCAAGAUGCUAAGUCCAAGGAAUCGGAUGGCUCUACAUCUUGGAUUUCGUGGAUGAGGGGGAAUCGUGAUGAGCUAUCUAGCGACAGUAAAAACCACAGUUUCCAGGACGAGAUUGAUCCUUUCCGUAUACCUUCUGAUUAUGCUUGGGUUGAUGCAAAUGAGAAAAAACGCCGGAUGAAAGCCAAGAAAGCAAAGAGGAAGCAUAAAAAGCACGGUGCCACUAGAAAUCCAGAGACUGGGCAGCAGACUAGUGAAGAUGUUGAAGAAUAACAGUGAGCGUAUUUCUCCUCUCCUACCUACCAUAGGAAGAAGAGGUAAAGCCCUCUGUUUCCCUGCUCGUGCCAAGCAAGUUGAGGCUUACAUGGGGGGCAUGUUUAUGGGUUUGCCUCUAUUAUAUUAGAAGUUGUUUAUCUCCAUCAAGCGAUAUUUAUCUUCUGCUGUUGUUGUAUCUUUAUUUAAUGUGAAGAUUUACAAAGCAUCUUUUUUCCCCUUCAUAGCAUCUCCAGCAUGUUUGCUGAGCUAAGUACAAUAGGCAGAUUCGAGUUGGAGAUCUUGGGGAGAGCUUACGUGAUCUCUCGGACUUUGUAGAACAAUGAGUGGCAUACAAGUCCUAUCCUUUUUUAAGAUUUUUCUUUCUUUGUAGACUUUGAAAGAGGAAAGCAGUUUGUGCUUCGCCGUCUUGUUAAACAGAUUAAAUUUGUAAAGAGCUUUGCAUUUUCCAACA